GUGGCAUUCUGAAUGCCGUGUUUGCUCCUCUCGCUAAUCGCAGCCGUGUGAUCCUCAGCUAAAAAAACUAUCACGAGACCCUAACACACCACACAUCAUCACCAUGGACCAACCUGCCUACGUGAACGUGUUCUUCGUGCUCACGUCGUUCGUCAUAGCAGCCGUGCUCGUGCUGUUCAUCUGUGUGUGCAAGAUUUAUCUUCACUAUUCAGGAAGAGACGAGUACACUCUUCUUGAUGAUUCAGACGAGUACUUUCCCAGGGACUUUGUCGUCGACCCUGAGUCGCUUACCCAGUUGGCAGAGCGCUUCGAGUUCGUGGAGUUGUCACCUGAGGAACAGAACUCAUACCUCCGGGCUCAGGAGUUCGCCAAACAGAAUCCUCCCGCCACAGCCCAUGUCAGGGGUAGGUCGUACACUCUGGAAAUCGAGGAGGUUAUUAAGGAAUGUGGAGUCAAUGCUUUCCAGUACGACAGCGACGACAGCGAGAUCUUGAACGCACGGUACGUGGUGGCUGACAAGACCGAGUUAAUCUUCAACAACAACGACUUGCCCUACUCCACCGCUACGGCAGCCUUCAAUUACGCUUUGCCCGUCAAGAACCGAGUAUACUCCGAUACCGUUUACUUCGAGACCAAGGUUUUCGAAUUCAACAACAAUACCAACCCCAACGCCCAUUUCGCUAUUGGCUUGAUCACCAAGCCAUACCCAACUGCCUUCAGAUUACCAGGAUACAACAACUUCUCCAUCGCUUACGAGUCCACUGGUAACUUGAAAAUCAAUCAGCCAUUCCCAACACCAUUGCAACAGCACCAGGGCGAACGGAGUGAGUACAAUGCACAAGUCUUGCCCCCAUUGGAACAGUCCGAUAUCGUUGGGUUUGGUUAUGUAAUAAGCUCAGGCACCAUUUUCAUCACCCGCAACGGAAAGAAGCUCAUGGACAUCAUGAAAGGUGUGACCAUUGACAUGUACCCUGCAGUGGGAUGUUUCCUGACCAAUGCUAAGUUCCAAACUAACAUCGGUCAGCUUGGGUUUGUAUGGGUCGAAGCCAACGUCAGGAAGUACGGUUUUGUUUCCAGAUCAGAGUAUAAGAAGAUUAAGGGAGACCGUGGAUUGGCUGCUUUACCUAAUUAUGGACUGGUACUCGAUGAGGGAGACGAGAUUCUUGCCAAGGGUGAAGAAUUGCCUCCUAGAUACCCUGAAGACGAAUUGGACUUCUUUGGCAGAUCGAGUCAGGAUGUCGUGCGCUUAGGCUCUUCAUCCAAGGCUGACCAGAGGGAUGAAGAGAAGACAGACGACGAGAAAAAAACUGGUUCAAGCUCCUCAAAGGUUACCAACGAAACCGAAGAAGAAAUGAGUUUGCGAGAGAGGAUCUAUGAGCAAAUCACUCAUGACGAGACUGAUGUGGAGGGCACUCCAGAACCAGUCGAUGCUGCAGGCAACUUGUCUGAAUUAAUCGACGCUCCCGCAAACCCUGAUGCCGACGCCAGUGCUACAGAAAGCAGCAAGGCUGGAACCCCAGAAGUAGAGCAAGGCACAUCUACAUCUACUGGGCCCAAGAAGAAGGGAAAUAAGAAGAAGAAGAAAGGUAAAAAGGGUAAGAAGAGAAAGUAAAUAGACAAGAAUGGACCGCAUAAAAUCACUGUAGUAGGGAUGGUAUUGCGAUAGUGAGUUGCUGAAUAGCUUGGCCAAAGUUCACUCGAUACACUCGCUUGGAUUGAUAAAAAAGAAACGGG